AUUCACGUUAACGUUGCGAGAACGAGAAUACGUCUUUCUCUUCAAGUAAGCAAAAUGGCGAAGAGGAAAGAAGAGGUUAUGGAAGAUUCAGACGUAAUGAAUUCUAUAAAAAAUGGAGAUUUCAGUGCAAGUGCUAGUUCUUCUGAUGUAGAAGUUAAUGAAGAUUUUGAAAAAUCUUACAAUGAGAAUGUAGCUUUAGGUGGGAGUACCAGUAACCGUAAAAGAAAAAAGAAACAUCACAGACAUAAGCACAAACAUAAGCAUUCUUCACACAAAGAAAAGAAGAGCAGUGGUCAUCGUAAACAUAAGCAUAAACGCCAUCAUCCUGAUAUGGAUAAAGACAUCAUUAUUUUAAAAGAAGAGAAAAAAGUUUGCAAUGCUGAAGAUAAACUACUUGUAAAUAGUAUGGACUUGGAAGAAUUGGAAAAACAAAAAGCUUUAAUACAAGCAAAGCUUGCUAAGGUAGACAAAGAACAUAGAUCAUUAGUGCCUGAUGAUUAUGGAAGCUCCUCUGAUGAGGUUUUAGUGAAAGAGCUAACUACAAAUGGAGAAACUAAAAAGCCUUCACUUAGUGAUUCUAAUUCUGCACCAAUUGUUAAAUGUGAAUCUUCUCCAUUAGUGGAUGUUAAAAACAUUAUUCCUGCAGAAAGUAAGUUGUCGGAGUGCAACAAUAUAAAAGAAGAAAAGCGGAAAGAUUAUUCUCCUAAACUUGAAAGAAAUAAAAAGGAAUCAAAAGAAAUACCACGUGAAGAGAAGAAAGUGAAUCCAGAUCGACGUAGCCAUAAAUCUCCUGAAACACGCAGUAGAAAAUCUCCUUCAUCACUCAGGUAUAUGCGAGGUGCGUCCAGAAAGGAUAAACAUCGUAGAGAUAGAAGAAGUAGAGAUAGAUCACCCAUUAGAAGGUUUGAUCGAUCUAGAUCAUCAAAAUCUCCUUUAAGGAAUAGUGCAAGAUGUAUGAGAAGAGAAGAAGUAGUUAUUCAUGGUAGAAGUAGGUCUCCUUGGUUACCCAGUUCUGAAAGUAAAUCUCAUUCACCACGUAGAGAUUAUCGUUCUCCACUCCGGCAAUCGACUCCUCCAAAAUCAUAUAUGAGGAGAAGUAGAUCGCCAGGGUCACAUCACUCUAGAAGUCCAUCGAGAAAUUAUAAAUCCAGAAGUCCAAUAAGAAAUCGGAGUCCUUGGCGUCGAGGAUCGAGAGCAGACAGUCCAUAUAGGAGAAAUUUUGAUAGGAGUUCUAGAUCAGAUCGUGAUAGGAGAACCAGAACUAGAGAUCGUUACAGUCAUAGAGGUAAUAGCAAAGAAAGGCAGCAAAGUCGCAAAGAAAAAGCAAGAGAUAAAUACAAAGAUAGUCUUUCUGAAGGAAUGGUGAUGUCUGAUGGCUCCUCAGAUAUGGAACGUGAUAUAGAUCUUGAUGAAGAAGAAGAUGAAGAAGCAUUGAUUGCUAAACGCAGACAACAGCGUCAAGAACUGCUCAAAAGAUUAGGUGUUGCACCACAGCAGAACAUUGGAAGUGGUCUGUCAACACCCAUUCAAUCGGAUGAGAGUGGUACAAAUACACCCGAUUCAAUUAUUAUUGGCGAUCAGGCUACUGCUAAUUUUCUGGAAGAGCAAACUGAAAGUAUUGAUUUUGAAGAAUCAAUAAUGGCAAAACGAAAAAGUAUGGGAUUACAAGAAACAUUAGUUGAAACUGUUGCAACUGUUGAAGAAAAGAAGCAAGGAAUGGAUAUGUUUUCUGAAGCAGACAUGUUUUCAGAAAAUUAUGGGCAAAGUCCUGCAACCAUGCAAUUGUUAGCAUCAAAAGCUCAAGACAAUCCUAAUCUCACUGAUAAUUGGGAUGAUGCCGAAGGCUAUUACCGUGUUCGAAUUGGUGAAGUACUAGAUAAUAGAUACACUGUGUAUGGUUACACCGGCCAAGGUGUAUUUAGCAAUGUGAUAAGAGCUCGUGACAUGGCACGUGGAAAUAAUGAUGUUGCCGUGAAAAUUAUUAGAAAUAACGAAGUUAUGCAUAAAACUGGACUUAAAGAACUAGAAAUGCUUAGACGAUUAAAUGAUGCAGAUCCUGAUGAUAAAUUUCAUUGCUUACGAUUAUUCAGGCAUUUUUUUCAUAAACAACAUUUAUGCUUAGUGUUUGAACCAUUAAGUAUGAAUCUUAGGGAAGUUUUGAAGAAAUAUGGAAAAGAUGUUGGAUUACAUAUCAAAGCUGUCCGAUCUUAUAGUCAGCAACUAUUUUUAGCACUAAAACUUAUGAAAAGAUGCAAUAUUUUGCAUGCAGAUAUUAAGCCAGAUAAUAUUCUAGUUAAUGAAAGUAAAUUAGUACUGAAAUUAUGUGAUUUUGGUUCUGCUUCACACGUAGCAGAAAAUGAUAUAACACCUUAUCUUGUCAGCCGUUUUUACAGAGCUCCCGAAAUUAUUCUUGGAUUAGGAUAUGAUUUUGGAAUUGAUAUGUGGAGCGUUGGAUGUACGUUGUAUGAAUUAUACACAGGAAAAAUUAUGUUUGCUGGAAAAUCGAAUAAUCAAAUGUUAAAAUUUUUCAUGGAUUUAAAAGGAAAAUUUCCAAACAAAUUAAUACGAAAAGGUGCUUUUAGAGAACAACAUUUCGACAGUAAUUGUAACUUCUUAUCUCAUGAAGUUGAUAAAGUUACAGAAAGGGAGAAAGUUGUGGUUUUAACAAAUAUUAAUGCCAGCAGAGAUUUACAAGCUGAAUUAAUCGGUAGUCAGCGUUUACCGGAUGACCAGUAUCGGAAAGUUUGCCAGUUGAAAGAUCUUCUGGAAAAAAUACUAAUGCUAGAUACAGCAAAGAGAGUAUCAAUUAAUCAUGCUUUGACCCAUCCAUUUAUACAAGAAAAAAUAUAAGAUCUAACAAUAAAGAUGAAAAUGAAUUAAACAAAAGUAAGUAUUUUAAAUGCUUUUUAAUUCAAUAAGACACCUAUAA